AUGGAAAAUUCCGUUAAUAUUUUGAAGAGUAAAAAAAAAAAAAAAAAAAUGGCUGAGGUUUUAAAAAAUUCUAGAAAUAUUAAAAAUACAAAUUCCCGUGGUAAAAGUCAAUACAUAAGCAAAGUAAAAUGUUCGACGCUUCAAACUCCUUCAAAUUAUCCAGGGAGUGAAAAUAAAAUUAUGUUGGGAUUAAAAGAUCUCAACGACGAGGAUUCUUUUUGCGAAUAUGAAAAAAAAUCAAGCAACAGAAUGUUUUUGGGUGAAUCGGUUACACUUCAUAAAAAAAACGAAUCAACUAAAGGUACCGAUUUGGGUAGUUGUUUAAGUCAAUGCGAACAAGAAAAUUCAAAAGCAUUUAUUGGAUCUUUGGGCUCGUGGAUCAACGAUUUUUUCAAUGUUCAAAAUAAAAGGCCGAACACGGAACCGAAAAUAAAAACGAAAACAUUUCUAGAAGAAACACUGUGCGACGAAGACACGGAAUAUUUUAAAUCUAUAAACAUAUUAAAAGAACAAUUUAGAAAAAAACUUAAAAGUAAAACGAGCAUACAAAUUUUGAACGGGGAUAAAUUAUUACAUUUUAGUUUUAACGAAAAAACUCCAAAGAAAAAAUCAAAUUCGAUGUUUUUUACAAAAUUAUUAGUACAAAAAGGUUCAAUUGAUAAAACAAAUGGUGGUUCAACACAAGAAGAAGUUGAAGAAGAAGAAGAAGAAGUCCCUGAUUUUUUAAAUGCUCCUCCUCCUGCUGCUGCUCCUACCACUACUGUUACUACUACUAGUACCACGUUGGAACCGGCUGGAAAACCGAAUGAUGAAAUUUCAAUGCAAUUAUACAGAUCGAAAAACAGUCUGGAUUUAAGUCAAUCCGUAAUUAUUCGUAAAAAAUCAAAUAAAAAAAAAAGGUCGAACACGGAAAUAUUAGACGAAUUUGGUUUUCAUUCGUCUAAAGAACUUCCUAAAAAAUUACUUUUAAACGUACGUGACCAAGAUAAAAGAACGUCGCAACUUUACAAGGCCAUGCAAGUCGGAGUUCAAGAAGCACAAAGAAAGAGUAAAUCGUAUCAGAAUAGCACGAGGUGUUACACUACAAAUGCCACCAUGGCGGACAGCAUAGAAAAUUUUAAUGCGCCUAAAGAAAAAAAAGAAAAUGUUCUUUCUCUUUCUACCGGACGUAGAAAAGUACUCGCGGGAUUCACGAGAGACAAUUCGACGUACGUUAAAGUCAGACCGCAGAAAUCUGUGAACGUACCUUUUGAAACUUCAAAAACAGAUUUCAAAUUGUCAUCAGACGAUUUGGUAAAAUAUCUUAUGAAAAAAGUCAAAGCCAAUCAUAAACCGGUGAAAAUAAAAAAGAAAGCAAUCAACGUGGGAUCAGUAACACCGACUGCGAUGACUUCGGCACAUGCGACUAUUUCAACGAGUUUCGUACCUGCUACGGCACAGAAUAAAAGUAAAUUCAUGCAAUCGGCGACAAGUUCAUUGGUGACGAACGUAUUGUCGAAAAAAGAAAAUGAUUUGUUGUUAACUAUAAAAAACAAUGCGCGACAUUUGGCGGAUAAAAAUGAAUCGUCUUCGAAACCGUGGGUCGUCAAACGUGAAAAUGGUAGGUUGGAAACGAAAAGAACGUCAGCACAAAAUAAAUUCGAUAAGAGUUCUUAUCUCUCUGACGACAUAAACGAAAUGAAAGACAAUUUGCUGUUGGAUAAAACUACGAAAAAUUCAAAAAAAUUAUUAAUAAAACAAGAUGCGAGUGAUAAAUUUAUAAAAAGAGAAGAAGUCAAAAGUAUGCUUUCGAAAAUCGAUUUCAAAUCGGAAACAUAUAAAUUAAAUAAACACAAACAAAAAGAAAUGAAAAAAAAAUCAUUUCCGGCCAAUGUUGGCGGUGAUUUAACCGACAUAUUACAUAUUGAUAAUCCAAAUGCUAGGUUUCAACUUCAACACGAACUAUUUAAAAAUAGUCCGAGAAAUUUCGAACAAAGCCCCAAUUCAAAUGAAGUCGAAGAAACAUACGUUGACAAUGAUGAAUCUAAAUUAAAUUCAGAAGUUGGUAGUAGUGGUGGUGGUGUAGGGUCACCAUCGAAAGAAUUAGCCGUUAUAAGUAAUAAUUACGAAUUGAUACCGCAACCCAACGAUAACGAUCCAAAAGAAUUAUCAGAAAUAUCAAUUAAUAAUAAAGAAAUUUUUAAUUUAAAAAAUUCUGAUUGUUUUAAUAUCGAUGAUGAAACGACAACAACAAUCGGGAAAAAUUCAAUUCCGGAUAUAGAUAUUAAUGAUAAUACUAAUAAUCAUUUAUUACAAAAUGAUAAUUCGAAAGAUUUAUUGGAUCUUUCCCCUUGUUCGCAACCGUUAAACGAUAUAUCGAAAUCGAAAGACAAUUUCGAUUCUUUUAAGGCUGCUUUCGAUGAUAAUAAUAUUGUGACCGUUAAAACGGAAGAAUUUCCUAAAUUCAAAAGAAGGUUUUCGGAAAAUUUAGCAAACGAAGUUGCUAAAAGAAAAUGGCCGAUCACUCAAAAUAAAAGUCAUAAUUCUAAUGUUGUUCAUAAUGUAAAAGCGAAAGAUUCGAAUAGAGAAAAAAAAAUAAAUAAAAGGAGAGACAAAGGAAAAAAACAUGAAUUAAUUGUUGAUGAAUUAACUGAUAUUUGCGGUUAUGAUAAAACUAAAAAAAUUAUUUCGAAUUGUGAUGAAGAAACGUAA